AUGGUAGACAACCUUCCCGUCCUCAUCGCUGGAGCAGGUCCAUCGGGACUGGUCGCGGCAUUGACGCUCGCUCAAAACAGGAUCCAAGUCCGUAUUAUCGACAAGGCCGAGAAACCGCACGUCGGUUCUCGUGGUUUUGGUAUCCAGCCACGAACAUGCGAGUUGUUCCAAACGCUGGGAAUCCUCGAAGACUUCCAGAAGCGAGCCACGCCGAUUCCGACAAUGCGAGCUUACAAACUCCCAGGCGGUACAGUUCCUGUGAAGACAUGGGACUUGUACGCGAAAACAGGAGUUUGGCCCGAUCGCCCUUUUGGAAACGGUGUUUGCCUCAGUCAAGACCAAUUAGAGGACAUAUUAAUCCAGCAUCUCAAGCAACACGGUAUCGUCAUCGAGUACGGCAAAGGGCUCAUCAAUAUAGAGCAGACCGAAGACAACGUCAUCUCUACCGUUGCAACUUUCAGAAAUGGGCAGCAAAUGGAGGAACAAGAGAAGGUCACAAGCCAGUUCUUACUUGGCACAGAUGGAGCCAGAGGCGUCUCGAGGAAACUCCUUGGAUUGACCUUUCAAGGUGAAACUCGUGACACAGACGGCAUGGUUUGGGGCGACGUGGAGAUCGACGGCCUUACUUCCGACUACUGGCAUAUCUGGGGAAAACCCGGCGUCUACACGAUAAUGGCACGGCCAAUUACUCCGGACGGGAAGAAAUUCGGAAUCGGUAUCACUGGCCAGAACUUCGACCCAAGAGACCUCGCCGACGAAGAAAAGGCGAAGGAGUUUAUCUUGAAAGAGACUGGCCGUACCGACAUAAAAUUUGGCAAAUUUACCUGGCUGUCGUACUUCAAGCCGAAUAUGCGCAUGAUAAACAAGUUCCAAGUCGGCCGUGCGUUCGUUGUAGGCGACGCCGGCCAUGUGCACUCCCCUACUGGUGGUCAAGGUCUAAACUGUAGUGUCCAAGACGCGACUAAUUUAUCCUGGAAACUGGCGCUUGUGCUCAAAGGUCUCGCACCGCAAAGUCUGCUGAGCACAUACAAUGACGAACGGUUGCCCGUCAUCGCCCAAAUGCUCCAAGCCACUAGCCAACUGUACACCCACACCAUCAUCGCCUCCAAGGAAAAACCAGUCGACGGUCCAUCGGAGGAUGACGACAAGAAAUCAGGCUGGUUCCGCUGGCGCAACACGGCGCUCGAGUUGUACGGGAUCAACUAUCGGUUCAGCGACAUCGUCCUCGAGGAACGUGACCCAGAGCGCGGCGGUGUUGAUAGAGAAGAAGCCAUUGCACGAGCAUACGCAGGAUACGAAGCACUGGGAACACUUAUUGCUGGCGAUCGGGCCCCGGAAGCGCCGGGUCUCGUCACCGUUGGAGGGAAGGAAACAUCGCUGUUCAAAGAUUACUUUAAGCUCGACCAUCAUACCGUAAUGGCGUUUUCUCUCGAUGUCAAGAGCGCAGGCCCGCUGCUGGAGCAGGCGAGCCAGUGGCCAGCUUCGGUAGUUCAGACUCUGGUUAUCACGGACAAGGACUCGGAUAUGGGCGCCCUCGCCUCUGACAAGGCGAUCUUCCUGGUAGAUCGUGAACAGCACGCAAGAAACGCGUAUCGUGUCGCGAAAGAGGAACUCACCGUCGUCAUUAGGUCAUCGUCGCCAACGCCUCCUACCAUUCGUGGCUCCUCAACACCAUCUCCUCCUGAGAGUGCCGCGCGGAAGCACCAGGCGGAAUACGUCAAGGACCUCGAAGGCCAGCUCGCAGCCGGAAAGAAGAGGGUGGCGGCGCUCGCUGAGAAGACGAAGAAAGAGCGGAAGGAGCAUGAGGACCUGAGAGACUCGACCGCGAGACGACUUGCAGCCAAGCUCACUGGGAGGAGAGAGAAGUGGGAAGAGAAGGAGAGUAAGGAGGAGAGGGAGUACGAAGGGAAGAACGUGGUGAUAGACCUUACAGAGAAAGAAACGCUGUAUGAGUCUGCGAAGGCCGAGCCACAAGUCCUACACAGCCGUAUUUUCGAUGGUCCAACACAAGGGAUUCCAGAGGACGAUCGCCUCGGAUAUGACCUCGAUGCCGCCUUCAAACGCUGUGACGAGCUGCAAGCCAGAUUGAACGCGGAGAGCCGGGCGGCGGAGCUCCUUGCACGGGCAGCACGCUGCAUGCAGAGCUGCUCGGACAACGUGCAGGAAGCCUAG